AUGGCGUCCUGCCAAAAAGACUUAUCCAGAAGCAGAGUGAGAAGAAGGGUCGUUUUCACUAAAAGUAGUAAAUAUUUUUAUCGUUUCAACGGAAAACUAAACACUCUUCCGUAUAACCAAAUAGUAGCUUUCGGCUACACUGUGAGAGUAAACUUCGAUUUACCGCACGACGCAAAGAGCAGGUACUUGUUCUUCAAGCGGGACAUCCACGAGGAAAUCAGCAACAUGCCCGAUGAGUUGGCUGUCCAGGGCUUUUCCUGCGCCAUGAAACACAUAUGCAUGACGUUCUCGAAUUUCCAAUUCAGCGACUCCUGCGGGUUUUUCUGCGAUUUAGGGAAAAUUAUAAUGAGGGAGAAUGGUACUGAAGCGCAGUUUAUCAGGAAUUUUUUCAGCAGAUGUGAUCAUUACAUGAUAGCGUGUCAGCAUGAAAUAGACGAAACUACGACUAUUACUUAUUAA